AUGUUAAAAAAGAUGGUAUGUCAAAGAAGAAUGGUAGAAGGUGUACGCAGAGGGAGCUGAAGACAGGAGGAGAAAGGGAAGUGAAUUAAGGUGAAGUAUAGGAGGUGGUAUUUGCAGUAAAGUUAGACCGAGGUAUGCACUGAGGAUCAGGAUGAAGAAGAGUCUGACAGUAGGAGUGAAGUUUAUGGAAAAAGUGGACUCUUGCCUUUUGGCUGAUCCAUUUGUGGUUUCACAGUGGGUGAAAAAAGUGUUGGGUCAUGUGGAAUCGGUGAGGGUAACUAGAAGUGGUCUUGUGAUAAUUGUUUGUGUUUCUGUUGGGCAGAGGAAGAAUGCGCUCAAAGUCAAAUAAAUGGGGGUAAGAAAAGUGAAUUGUUUUGUUCUCAAGAAAAGGGCACCAAUGAAAGGAGUGUUAAACCAGGGUGGCAGUAGAUAUAAAAGUUGCCUAGCUGAGGGCAAAGAUUUCCGGUGUAUGUGAUGCUCGUCAUUUGAUGCAACGUGGACAGGGUGGCGAGAGUUGGGAAACAGAAGAUUCUUUGUCUGUUCUUUUGAGUUUUGAAGUUGAGUCUUUCCCUGACAAAGUGAAGUUAGGAUAUAUAUGAGCGUAUGUUCCGAAGACAUUAAAAUGUUACAGGUGUCAAGCUUAAGGGUAUGUGGCAGCAGUGUGUAUAAAGGAGGGUCCAAGGUGUAAGAAAUGUGCAGAAGGGCAUGAGACAAGGGAAUGUGUAGUAUUGGGGAAAGUAGUGGAAUGUGUUAAUUGUAGGGGUGCCUAUGGAGCUGGGGAUCAGAAAUGUCCCGUGCGAGAGAAGCAGGUUGCCAUUUCCAGGGUUACAGUAGUGCAGAAGUUGUCAUAUACUGAGGCAUUGAAGAAAGUAGAGGAAGAUGGGUUAAGGGGGAGGAGUGGUGAGAGUAGUAGAGAUAUACCAGUACAGAGGGAUAGGCUAAAAGGUGAUAUAAGUUUCAGUAAAAUGGGAUUUUUAGCAUUUAUAGCAAUGGUUAUUAAUUGUACUGUAGGGAUGGAUCGGAAGUCUCAGAAAAUUGAGGUUGUGGUGGCAGCUGCAUAGCGGUAUUUGGGUGUGCGAGACUUGACAGCAGAAGAGUUACAGGGUGUGUCAAGUUGAAGUUGUACUCCAGUCUAGUAGAUGGCGGUAAUGCAACAAAUUGGCUGCCAACCACCGUUUAAACCUCAUAGAAGACGAAGGAGAAGAAUAAACUCACAAACGCUCUGACGAAGGCGGUGAGGCGGAUACGUUAACUCAAAUCGGACAAAUACACAUGGUUAGCCGAUGUUAUUGCGAGUGUAGCGAAACGCUGAAUAAAGAGCAGUGAUACUAUCAGGAACUGUGUACGGGUUCCUCCUUUUUUCACUGUUUCCAAAACUAAAAUAUGUUACGAACAGAGUGGACAAUGUUUUUUUUAGAAAAACAUUUUAGAAACGUUGCCAACGUUUCUAAAAUGUCGUUCUUUAGAAGGAGUGCAUGUGCGAAUUGAGUUAUUAUACACGUUCACUUCAGAGUCGUUUACUAACGGAAAUACGCAAAUAUAUGCUAGAACGCGCCAAUAGGCUCUCGCUAGCUCGUGUUUGGCUCCACCCACCUCGUUUGUUCUAACCACUAGGAGUCAUUUGCCGACGUUGGAAAGUACAGACCGUGGUCUAUAUUUUGGUACGUUAGAAAGAAAGAAACAAAAACCAACAAUUGCGCUGUAGCAGUACACUGACGUGUUUUAUGAAGACUGCACCGGAAAUAUCGCACGUUAGUAACCUGCAGUGACUCAACUACUGUGGCUCAAACUAUUGAUAUUUUAAAUCAGAAAAAAAUAAAUUGUCUAAUCUGUGGGUUUACUGAAUCCGGUGAGAAUUCCCUGUGUACAGAGUUAUUGCAAAUUAUGUAUUGGUAACUGGGAUCAGGAUGACCAAAGUAACCUUACCAGAUAUGCUUCCAGUGCAGAGAGACCAACACCCCAAUCAAUACCUGUACUAAACACAAACACCAAGUUGGAUGAAAUUGAAAAAAGGAAGAAGACUGGAUUGCAAACGGAUGACACUGGAUCUGGAAACAGUCAUAUACUGAGGAAAUACUCAGCAAACAUAUGCUGAGAAAUCAGCACCUGGUUAACAAGAAAAGGAAGAUGAGUGGGACCAAGAAGACAUGCAAACAAGAAACCCAAUCACCAGCUCCCUCUUCCAGUGGACAGGCUGUGGAAAAACAGAACUUGAAGGAUUUUCAGGAUCCAGAGCCAGAGAAGACACAGGAACUGUAUGCUCAAAUGGAUAACAUCCUGGAUAGGGUAAAUCAAAACAACUUCCAGCAAUCGAUGUUGGCAAUUACUGAGUUCACCAUUAACACAGAGGCCAGACUGAAGGGCAUCAUUCACCUCAUAUAUGAGAGGGCCCUGGCACAUCCUACCAGAUCUGUGACCUAUGCCAACAUCUGCCGCUGCCUCAUGGGGCUUAGAGUACCCACCGCUGCCAAACCAGGAGUGACAGUAAAUUUCCGGACGCUGUUUCUGAACCGAGUCCAAGCAAACUUUGAGAACAUGACGAGAAACAGUUGCGAAAUCUUCCGGCAAAAACAGGAGAUGGUGGAUGCCAUCACCAAGGAGGAGGAGCGCCAGCGAGUGUGGGAGGAGCUGGAGGAGGCCAAGACCGAGGAGCGGAGGCAGUCGCUAGGUAAUAUCAAGUUAAUGUGUGAGUUGUUCAAGUUGAAGAUGCUGACUGAGCACGUCAUGCACGACGUCAUCGUACAGCUGCUGAAGAACCAAGAUGAAAACUCUCUGGAGGGUCUCUGCACAUUACUCUACACCAUCGGCAAGGACUUGGACUUUAAGAAGGCCAGGCCCAGAAUGGAUCAGUACUACAACAUGAUUGUGAAGAUUAUGAAGAAUAGGACAACCUCCCCCAGAAUCACAAGCAUGCUGCAGGGUGUGCUGGACCUCCGAAAGAAAGAAACGGCCCAGCUUGGUGAGUUGGUGGAAAAGAUGGAGAAGACUGGGCUGCAAGCUGACAAUGAUGCUGAGAAACACACGGGACCUGGAGACACAGAACCUGUUUUGCGUCCUCACUAUAAGUCAUUAGCCAUGAAGAAUCAGAAGCUGAUCAGCACAUCUAUACCACUACAGGAGAACACAUGUCCUCAUCAUGAUGAUAAGCUGAAAGCUGAAGACUCAGCUGCUGCUUGGGGGGCUACCAAAAAGAAAAAGGUGAAUGUGCAGUUGAAGACAUGCCAACAGAUAAUCCAGGAGAGAGAGGAGGAACUACAGAAACUGAGACAGGAAGUGGAGUCUCUAAAGUGCUUAUCACAGGCUACAAUAGAGGACAGUGAGAGGUUCUUCACCAAGCUGAUUGAGACAAGGUGCUCAGAGGUGAGAGAGGUGAUCCAAGCUAAAGAGAAGGAGAUGGUGAGUGAGGCUGAGGGACUCCUACAGACACUGGAGCAGGAGCUUGAUGAGCUGAAGAGAACCGAAACAGAGGGUAGACAGCUUCCACACAUAGAUGUCUACCCCCAUUUCCUACAGAAAUUGCCCAGCAUCACUGAGGCUUUUGAAGAAGUGAGGACAUGUGCCUCUGAAAUGCAACAGCAAUUUGAAGAUUCCUCAAAGUUGCAAUUUGUGGAGUUUUCUAAAUCAGUUGAAGAAAGUCUGGGACCAUACACUAUCAGUUCUCUUAGCACGAGCAGACAGGCAGUGGAAGAAAAGGACUUGCAGGACCUUGUGGACCUAGAGACAGUGAAAACAGAGGAAAUGUAUGAACAAAUGGAUAACAUCCUGACCAGCCUGACUCCCAAGAACUUCCAUCAGUCAAUGAAGGUAGUGAGUGCAUUCACCAUUGACACAGAGGACAAACUCCAGGGCAUCAUUGACUCUAUAUAUGAGAGGGUCAUCUUAAACCCUACCAGCGCUGAGGUCUAUGCAAAGGUGUGCAACCAACUCAAGGGGCUCAAAAUACCUGGAGUGACAGUAAAUUUCCGGAAGCUGCUGCUGAACCAAUGCCAGAAGGGCUUUGAGAAGGAUAAUAGAAAGAUCUUAAAAGAAAAGCAGAGGGAACUCGACACCACCACUGAGGAGGAGGACCGUCAGCGACUGAGGGAGGAGCUGGAGGAGGCUAAGGCAGAGGGGCAGCGGGAGUUGCUAUGCAACAUCACAUUCAUCUGCCAUUUGUUCAAGUUGAAGAUGAUGACCGAGGGCCUCAUAGACUACUGCAUCGUAAAGCUAAUAAAGGAUGGAGAUGAUGAUUCGCUAGAGGGUCUGUGCACAAUACUCUUCACCAUUGGCAAAGACUUGGACUCUGAGAAGAACCAGCCCAGAAUGGAUGAACACUACACCCAGAUUAAUCUGAUACAGGAGAGAAGGAGGACCUCCCCCAGAAUCCGCUAUAUGCUUCAAGAUGUGCUGGACCGCAGAACGCUCCAUUUGUACAAGGGCCAAAAGGAAGACCAUUGAAGACCAGGACCAUGUGUUUUUACAAUUCCUCUGUCCUGUGUCUGUGUUCUUUUGCCCAUCUUAAUCUGUUUUCUUGUAAUUGGUCAGUCUUGGCUUUUUCAUCGCAACUCUGCCUAGAAGGCCAGCAUCCUCUGUACGCCUAUGAAGAAAUUCCAUACAAAAUCAGCCGUUUCCAGCUACAAUAGUAAUUUACAACAUUAACAAUGUCUUUACUGUAUUUCUGAUCAAUUUGAUGUUAUUUUAAUGGACAAAAAAAUGUAUUUUCUUUCAAAAACAAGGACAUUUUUAAGUGACCCCAAACUUUUGAACGAUAGUGUAGAGUCCAAUCACAAGAACUGAACAUAGCCUGUGGUACACUCCUACUCUGUUGGAAUGAGCGACUGUUAUCUUUGUCCUUGCCGUUUUGCAUUGAAAUGCAUGUUUCUUGUGGGUUACCAGGUUUCAAUUCAACCUUUUUAUGCAAGUAAAGUACAGAUGUAACUCCCGAGGUUCGCAGCGGUCUAAGGCACUGCAUCUCAGUGCUAAAUGAGUUACUACAGACCCUGGUUCGAUUCUAGGCGUUUCACAACUGGCCGUGAUUGGUUGUUCCAUAGGGCAGUGCGCACAAUUGGCCCAGCGUCGUCCGGGUUAGAGUUUGGCCGGGGUAGGCCAUCAUUCUAAAUAAGAAUUUGUUCUUAACUGACUUGCCUAGUUAAAUAAAGGUUAAAUAAAUAAAAAUUAAAAUGUAGGAUCUUAAUUUGAGGCAGUUUGUUAUAGCGGGAAGAUAAUCCUGCAGCAACAGUAAAUGUGGAUGUUUUUUGUUGGGGCUGCUGCAUUUUACGUUAGGGCAAAUCAAGUCUGACAUUUUAAAGUGGAAAUUAAACUUUAGAAAGCUUUUUAAACUUUGAAUAUGCUACAAGUUUGCACUGACUGCUAUGCAAGGAAUUCACUCAUGCACUUAAAUAUAAGAGUACAAGCACAGAGGCGAUUGGCAUCUGUGUUGGCUCUAAGAUAAUUUACCACGUUAACCAAGGCUGUCUCUCUGCUGUGGUGGGCACGAAAACCAGAUUUGGAUUUUUUUCAAAAAUGAAAAAAAUUGAUAAACAAUAGAUUGUACUUUAGAUAUGCAAUUAAAAACUAUUUUGAAGGUGGUGGAAUAGGAUCGAGAAGGCAGAUGUUGCCAGGCCAGCUCAUGGCUUAAGUUGUGAUAUCACUUUCCUGAGCAUGUCUGUGUCAACCUGGGAAAAUGAAUCCAUCGUGCCUUUGUGUGGUUGGCUAGGGCACAUAUCAAACUUCUCAUCGGGUCUUGCUAAAUGAAAGCUUGAUUAACUGGCCCGGUGAGCUUGGCAGAUGUUGCCCGGGCCAGCAGGCAGCCCUGGAUGUUGGCCGCUGCAGUCUCUUUAGCUAAUCCACUCCCUGUACUCUUAUGUCAUGGGCCAAAGAAAAAACACCACCUGCAGGAGAAGACACAUUUUGUGCCCAGUUAUCCCUCUCACUUCGCCUCUUCCACAUUUCAGUUAAUUAUUAUAGCUUCUGCCUUGGGCCAAUCAGUGUAAUUUUGUAAAUGCUGGAACUCUAUCGCAGGACGCGUUAUUCACCCAAGUUUUGUCGAAAUUGGGCCAGUGGUGUCUGAGACCGUGUGUGACUAACGUUCAGAUGGACAAAUGGAUGGAGACCGAUCCACUGUCCCCUUCUCGGAUUCAUCCUGGGGGACAAUAACCAUCAUAUCGAAGUAAACUUGGAGUCACAACAUGACAUGCUGUCUGGUCCUCCCACUAUGACUCGGGAAAGCAUGGAAGUUUAUUCACUUCAGGGAGGUGAAAGUGCGAGGUGAUGAACUUGAUGCUCCUUUCCAAUCAACAUCCAGGGUCUUAUUCUGACAUGAUAAUCGAUGCUUGGCUGCUUUUUGACAAAUAAAAUAUAUAAAUAAUAAUCUCAUGUAGGCUAUACCCCCACUGUAUCUUCGAGCGGUUGGCUACAGUAGAUACCACAGUGGGCACAUUUGCUCUAUAACACAACAUAUUUUGUGGCAAAAUCAUCAGUAGAGUUAAAAAUGCAAUGGAAACCCAUUUUACUUGUAUUUUUCAUUUGGUACAUGCAGGAAUUUAACUGCAAAAGUUGUAUUUAUGUGCACUAUGUCAUCACCCACAGCCUUUUAUUGGCAACAAGUAAAUUUGAUGGAAACAUCUCUGGUGAGAAAAUGCUAAUAUUAGAAUAUUUGCAUGAAAAUCUGUCGCCAAUUGAGUGGAAACCUAGCUUGUGUUGUAAUAUGACUUAUUUGUACUUUAAUAUGCUUACAAAUAAAUUACCUGAUGAUAUAAGCAUCAUCAUAGUGGAUACUGUGACUAGUCAUUUACAGGGGUGACAUCAGCGUUUAUACAGAUUAAUUACAGGCAUCAGUUCCAAAAUGAACUUUCUAGUUCCAUCCUUUAAAAAUGACUUGCCAGGUAAGACCAUCUGAUAAAACAGUAGUAUUUCCCUUUAAGCUAUUUUGGCAACACAACUACACAGAAUUGGAUAGAGGGCAAACUUGCCCCCAAAGUUUGUUUUAGCAUGGACUAGUCAAUUGGGUGGGACUUCCUAUGGUAUUUUUUGUAUCUUAUUAGUAUCCCCAUUAUCUGUUGUGAAAGCCGCAGCUACUCGCCCUGGGGUCCAGGGGCCGGAUUAACAAAACUUUAAGAAUACAUUUCUUAACUGGCAUUUUUUUCCCUUAUCUUCGGACUUAAGCAAAGUUGCUUUUCCUCAAUAAAGUUUUUAGAAAUGUU